CCAGACUGAAAGCAGAAUUUCUUAUUCGAUUUUUAAUUCGGCCCGCAAAACAACAGAUUUGUUUUCCCUGCGUUUAUUUGAGUUGUUUCAUUUAUUGUUUUACUGAGAAUCGAGAAUUAACUAUUUCACAUACGAAUAGGAUCAGUAAACGUUUUAAUUUUUGUUGUGCCUGUGGUUCCAGUUGUUGCUUUUGCUGCGGCUGCGUGCGUAGAAUUUGUGAAAAGAGAAAGUUCUUCGCCGCGUCUUUCGUCCCUCUCUUUCCACCGCACUUACAGUCGUGGCCAAGAAGUUGCGCAUGCGCAGCGACAAUUUCACAAGAAAUUGAGGUCGACUGAGAGUGGAAUUCCGCUUGGAGCACCAUGGGCAUCAAGCAGACGGCGUCCCCCGCCAAAACCAACGACUCUCCCAGCGGAUCACCCCCAAAACCGAAGGCCAAUGGCACCCAGAUCCAGGGCAAGGGCAAAAGCAAGGAGGUGAAUGUGCUGCCGCCCCAGAAAUCGGUGGUGGUUGCCUAUCUCUGCUGGCUCUUCGGCGGCAUCUUCGGUCUGCAUCACCUGUACCUGCAUCGCGACCGCCACGCCUUCAUUUGGUGGUGCACCCUGGGCGGCUACAUGGGCAUCGGAUGGAUGGGCGAGCUCUUCCUGAUCCCCGAGUAUGUGCGGGAUGCCAACGAAGACCCGCGAUUCGUCAAGGAGUUUGUGGCCAAGCUGCAGGCCUAUCCGAAACCUACGUACUCCUCGAAGAGGUUCGUGGGCCAGGUGAUGAUUGGUCACCUGUUCGGCCAGGUGUGCUCCAUGGCCAUCCCGGAGACGCUAGUCGGCGGCUGGGACCUGAGCUUCCUGCACUGGGCGAUACCGCUCUUCGUUUCGCUGGGCGUCUGGCUGGUGGGCAACAUUGGCCGGGAGCAGGGCGUGUGGUGGCACUGCCUUUUGGCCGCCUAUCUGGCGUAUCCGGCCAGGUAUCUGAUAUACGACGAGACCUAUUCCCUGCUGCUCACCGGGCUCGUGUCGGCCCUGACCUUUGAUGGACUGUCCAAGCAGUGGCGGAGGACUCCGCCGCGACGUGGAAGCGCCGGGGAAAGGACCUUCAAGCUGACCACCGCCGUUAUCAUCUAUUGCGCGUUCUGGGGCAGCUUCCUGUACUUCAAUGGCACCAUUUCGGACGAGGACGGCGGCGAAGUGCCCAUCCAUGAGGCCAUCCACAACUUCUUGGCCUCCGCCUGGUGGACGGAUCUGAAGCAGGCCCUGCAGGACACCUACAACUAUGCGCAGCAUCACGGCUGGUACGAGACCUGGAAGGAGGUGUUCGAGAGCAUGGACGUGGAUGGCGAACGGAACUCGUACAAGGUGCUGGGCGUGAGUGCCACCGCCUCGCAGGCGGAGAUCACGGCUGCGUACAGGAAGCUCUCCAAGGAAUACCAUCCCGACAAGGUCAAGGAUGAGGGCUUGCGGGCCCAGGCCCACCAGCGGUUCAUCGAGAUCCAACAGGCGUACAGUGUGCUCAGCAAGAUCAAGUCCAACCGGCGGCGCAAGAACAAGCAGUACCAGGAGGAAGAGGCCAUCGUCCUCUAAGGACAGCUGACCUCCAUCUAGACUUAAUUAGCUGGCAUUUCAAAGUCCAGUACUCGUAGCAUAAAUUGAAGACUACAUUUGAUAUAAUUUAAAAUCUUUGUGUUGAGUUUUCCUACUAAAAAGGAGCAGUUGCAAUAAUAAUGCAUGCUGUUGGAACGCAUGCUUUGAAAUCUGAAAUGCUAUUCUUCAUCCAAAAUAACUAAUUGUGUUACAUUUUUUUUUCUGCAAAUGUAUCAUCAUAAAUAGAUAUUCGUUAUCCAAUUAUUAAGACUGCAUAUACUAUUCAAUGUUAGAGAAUGUUAAACCACCACAAAAUCACUUAAUAUAUCCAUAGCAUGAUGUAGAAGUAAAGAAAACCUAUUACUCGGUAUCAAACAAUCGACCUGAUAAUUCGAAACGUCGGUAUAGGUAGAAAUUAGAAAUUAGCUGCGCUUACGUGUCGUCCGUUGGGAAAACGCUUUUAGCCAAUUAGGGCGUGACGACAGAACUUUACCAAAUCACGUUUACUUUCCCCAGUAAGAGAAUUCAUUCUAAUUAGAUUUAUAUUCAUUUAUUUAUUUAUAUAUUUUACAUAAUAUAAUGAACUACUUAACAGGCUAAGCAAAAAAAAAAAAGAAAAAUAUUUAUUGUAAUUUUUUUUUUCUCACAAAUGUGUUGUGUGUGUAUUUUUUCCAUUAAUAUUUAAGUAAAACGUUUAAAUAAAACGAAAAAAAUAUA